AAUCACAGAAUAUCAAAAUCAAACGUAGUAGGAAUUUGGCAAAUGUAAUUUGAACAACAAUAAAUAUGGAGUCUUCUAAUAUGGAAUCGCCCCCUUUGUUUGAAACCGUAGAAAUCAAUAAUGGGAAUGAAAAUAAACUUGAAGAUGAUCUUUUUAUUUCAGCACAACAGGAUAUCUCCACCCAUUACGGACAAUCGUCUAUUUCAAUUUCAAAUAAUAUUCCGGAAGAUAUCAGUAGUUUGAAUUUGAACGAUGAUAAAGCUCUGGAGACAAUUCCUAUUAAUUCAGAUGCGCCAGGAUCAGAUACUUUGGAAAGGGUGGAAGCUGAAAGUGGUGAUCAGUUUAUAGAAAUAACGAUAACUGAACCUCAAAAAAUUGGAGAUGGAAUGAGUGCCUAUAUGGCAUAUAGAGUUACUACAAGGACUAACAUGCAAAUAUUUAAAGCCAAAGAUUUGACUGUACUACGUAGAUUCAGUGAUUUCUUAGGACUUCAUGAUAAAUUAACCGAGAAGUAUUUGAAAAUAGGGAGAAUAAUUCCACCUGCACCAGAAAAAAAUGUAUUAGGUAUGACAAAAAUCAAAAUGUCUAACCAAGUGGAAAAUGGUGGAGGAAAUGGAAAUGAUUUUGUGGAAAGAAGAAGAGCUGCUCUUGAGAGAUACUUGAACAGGACAGCUCAACAUCCAGUAUUAGUAGUAGAUCCAGAUUUUAGGGAAUUUCUGGAAAGUGAUAUAGAAUUACCAAAGGCAACCAACACAUCUGCAUUAAGUGGUGCUGGUGUGAUGAGGUUAUUCAACAAAGUCGGAGAGACAAUGAAUAAAAUCACUUAUAAAAUGGAUGAAACUGAUCCUUGGUUCGAAGAUAAGCUGAUCCAUAUAGAAUCUUUAGAAACACAGUUGAGGAAACUGCAUACGAAUGUAGAAAACAUGGUGAUCUAUAGACGUGAACUUGCCAACCUAACCAAUGGAGUUUCCCGAUCUGCUGCAUUGCUGAGUGCAUGUGAAGAUCAUAAUUCAUUAUCGAAGGCUCUUUCCCAUCUGGCUGAUACUGAAGAAAAGGUUGAAGCUCUUCACUUAGAACAAGCUAACACUGACUUUUUCAUUCUGUGUGAGCUACUGAAAGACUAUUUGGGCUUAUUAUCUGCAGUGAGAGAUGCUUUUCAUGAAAGAACUAAGCUAUUUCAACAUUGGCAUCAUGCACAGCAGAUGUUAGCAAAGAAACGAGAAGCAAAAACCAAAUUUGAAUUAGCAUGCAGGACAGAUAAAUUGGAUCAAGCCGCCACUGAAGUAUUAGAAUGGGAAGCUAAAGUUGAAAGGGGUCAAGAAAAUUUCGAUAAGAUUUCAAAGAUGAUAAAAAUGGAAAUGGAAAGAUUUGAAAAGUGUCGUAUCAGAGAUUUCAAGGCUAUGUUUAUAAAAUACCUGGAAAAUCAUAUAGAGCAUCAGGCACAGUUGGUGAAAUAUUGGGAAAAUUUCCUCCCAUCUGCAGAAUCUAUCGCCUGACCGGAGGAUAUAUCUGAGGAAUAUCUAUUAUAAAACAUUCCUUGGAAGGGGAGUAUGUGUUUACAUGCUCUAUGAUGUCCUUAUUGUUUUUGAAGGAAUUUAUAAGUUGCUUUCUUGUCUAGAAUUGUACAUUGCAUAAUAUGUAAUAUAAAAUAUCUGUGUAAUUUCCUAUUACUAAUGAUUAUGGCAGACAAACUGCGAAAUCUCCAAUAUUUGUAUCAUGUUUACAGUAUAAAUCAUAUAUCAUAUCGUAAAAAUAUAUUAUACACUCUAAGAACAAA